AUGCGAUAUCAUUGGCUUCCAGAAGUGCUCGACUAUGCGGGCUAUGGCGCAAGAAGCGGCCAUUCUGGCUGCGAUCUUCGCCAUUCCAGCUUCAACCAAGAUCCCAGGUAUAUCAAAGAGUAG